UGCAGUGGUGCAAUCUCGGCUCGAUGGGGUGGAGGAUUUGGUCUUUUGGGUUCCAUUUUUGGAAAGGAUGGUGUAUUAAACCAGCCCAACAGUGUCUUUGGACUUAUAUUUUAUAUACUACAGUUAUUACUUGGCAUGACAGCAAGCGCUGUGGCGGCUUUGAUCCUCAUGACGUCCUCCAUCAUGUCGGUCGUGGGGUCCCUGUACCUGGCCUACAUUCUGUACUUUGUGCUGAAGGAGUUCUGCAUCAUCUGCAUCGUCACGUACGUGCUGAACUUCCUUCUUCUCAUUAUCAACUACAAACGACUAGUUUACUUGAACGAGGCCUGGAAGCGGCAGCUGCAGCCCAAGCAGGACUGACGCCCGACAGACUCUGCCCUGACAGAGUCUUUCCAUUCAGUUUAUUUUGCCGCAGG